UAGGCUGAUGAUUAUAUGUCUAGUCAGAGUGUAAAGGCCUUUUAUGAGGAGAAUAUGUUCCCUAUUAGCUGCAGGAUCUGUGCUGAUUGAAUUCAGCUCCAUUGGUCUUAAUUGAAUAUCUGUCCAGGGGCCACAUUCUGCCAUGAAAAGCUUUUGUUUAUUUAAAAUUGUCACCCAAAUUGUGUGUUUUUGCAUUCAAGGGCUAACUAAGAAGGCUAUACCUCGAUCCUAGAAGGUCUUCAUCUUCUGCAAUCCAAUAAAAUGCAUUAAAGUCAAAGUUUGGUUUCCAGAAAUCUGUCAAAUUUUGGCCAAAUGGAGAUAAAACUGCAGAUCAAACAUAUUCUACUGUAGUUCUGGCGAAUACACGCCUCUAGAUGACAUUGGAGUCUAAUGGUGGCUGUUUGAAGUAUGGCCACUUAGAUAUGCUGUUUAGGAUGGGGCUGUAUUGCCGCACCUUUGUUCUGAUAAGAGGUCCCAGCCCCCAAUGACAAAGUGCGAACGAUGGGGAGGGCCGCGGCGAUAUAAGGGGCCGGUGAAGUGUCACGGACCUUCAGAGCUUCUCUUAAUGAUUUGAGCUUCUGUCCUGCUAUCUUCAAUCUGAUUUUUUUUUCCCUCAUGGAUUUCCUCCGCGCUUAUUUCGUCCUGUGCGCCGCUUUCCUUGCUCUCAUCGAGGCUUUUACGCACGAGGAUAUAAAGGACGCGCUGCUGCAAAAACUCGGUUUGGAUGAAGUUCCUAGAAUCCAAAAGAGGGAUCUGGAGAACCUGCUGGUUCCUGCGCACAUUAAGAACAAAUACCUGUCCAUGCUGAAGAUGCACCACAGCCGGAGACGUAGAUCUCUGCCCAGCCUGGCGGGGAUCCUGAGGGGGGUUCCUGGCAAUGCAGAUAUUUCUGGAGAGUACGUCUACUCCGACACCACCCGGCACCGCAUGGUGUUUGACAUGGAAGCGCGGAUCCCGGAUAACAGCGAGGUGACCAUGGCCGAGCUGAAGCUUUACCAGCGCGCAUCGCACCACAAACGUUACACUGUGGAGAAAAAGAACCACCGACCCGUCAACAACGCCCGGGUCAGCAUCUACUGGGUGGAGGUGCUGCCGGAUGGCUCCAACAGGACCUCACUUGUGGAUUCACGGUUGAUCCCAAUUCAUGAGACCGGCUGGAAGAGCUUUGAUGUCACCCAGGCGGUGCACUAUUGGUCCAAGACGCAGCAGAAGACACCCAUGCACCUGGAGGUGUGGAUCGAGGGCGAGAGACCUGGCAGCUACGCGGCAGAGAUGGCCAGGAGUGUGCGCUUUACCACCCAGGAGCAGACGGAUAACACCUUGGGGAAGCCUGAGCUCAUCCUUUACACACUCAACCUCGAGGAGUACGGCUCUGCAGGCGACUGCGAUGCAAACCAGAACAAAGACACCUGCUGCAGAGAGGAGUACUUCAUCAACUUCCGCGCGCUCACCUGGACGCAGUACUGGAUCAUCGAGCCGGCCGGUUACCAGGCCUUCAGGUGCACCGGAAGCUGCAAGCAACCCAAACGCAACUACGGCUACGGAGAGCGGAGGUGCGUGGUGGCGGAGAGUUCCCCGCUGCCCAUCAUGUACCUGGUGAAAAAGGGGGACUACACUGAGAUAGAGGUAGCUGAGUUCCCCAACAUGAUUGUGGAGCGAUGCGGCUGCAUGCUGGACAACGCCUCUGUGGUAUGAAGGCCGUAGUCGUCCUGUUGGGAAAUAACGCAGGGCGAAUAUAGUUCCUUUUGUUAGCUGUUACCAUAUUUAAUGGUUUUUUUUUUUUUACCAACUCGUCAAGUACUUUUUAUUUAAAUGGACAUUCAGAGGGAACGGUUCAGGCGGUACGAUAAAUUCAAUCUCCCUCCACAAGCACUUUUAGAGAUUUUGUAAAUUUUAAGGUUGUUUCUUUUAAAUAUGAAUUUGUAUGAAUUGUGUUAAAUCUAGUGCAACCAUUCAGAUUCAGAGUGAUUUUUUUAAAGAAAAAAAAGGCUGUAUAUAUAAUAUGAAUGAGUUUAUGUUUGUAAAAUAAAAUAUUGGUUUCUCACUUUG